AUGGCCGACAAUGAGAUAACGCUGGUUGAUCUUGUGCGCGACUCGAAAAUCGAAACAAGGCCUCUAGACUCCCAUGUCGUCGAACAUGUACUAUACGAGACGGGCCGGUCCGCGCGACGCCGACGAGUUUCGAAGACAGAGCGAUGGAUUAAAGGCAGACAGCUAGGCCAGGGCACCUUUGGCACGGUGCACCUCCAGACAUGCAGAGAUGGCGGCGGAAACAAACUCAGAGCCGUCAAGGAGGUUAAGAAGUUUGUCAUUGUGGGACAGGAGCUGGACUAUACCCGGGAGCUCGAGGCUAUCAUGAAGUUCUCCAAUGACAAGCUUGACGCCCUUUUCCUAGGCAGCGAUUCAUUGCUAACCCCAAUAGUACAAUCAUUGCUUUACCUUCAGCAGUACAUCGACACCCCUCUCAGAGAAUCCGAAGGGAAAGAAAUCACAGCUCAGAUCCUCGAAGGGCUGGCGUUUAUGCACGAGAACGGGUUCAUUCACCGCGACCUCAAGCCUGCCAACAUUAUGGUGGUCGACAAGAACCCGGAGUGGUUCGUCAAGAUUGCGGAUUUUGGCAUCAGCAAACGACGGCAUCACGAUACCUCGCUUCUCACAAUGCAACGCGGGACACUUGGUUUCGCAGCACCCGAGGUUUUUGGAUCGACCUCAGACCAGUCCUACACAUACUCAGCUGACAUGUGGUCGUUGGGCGCCAUGGUGUAUCGCAUUCUCACAAGUCAGAUGGCAUUCGAUUCUAUAGGAGACCUGUUCAAGUAUGUUCACGACGAGCUCGAGUUUCCGGUCGGUCCGUUGGAAUUGUGCAGCGUCUCUCAAACGGGCCAAGACUUUGUUCUCAUGCUCAUGGAAUCGUGUCCCGGGUCUCGAGGCUCCGCAGCAUCAGCCAGGAACCAUCCUUGGGUGAUUGAACCUCUUAUUCCUACCAAUGGAGAAGACUUCCAUCGGCCUGAGGCUGACAACACGGAGAUGGUUAGGAAUACAGACCUAUCCGUGCCCUCAAAGGCUUGGAGUAGCGAUGAAGAACCCAGGCUCUUUCCAUCUCGCGAAGCCAAGACAUCACUUAAAACUUUAUCCUCGGCUCGGUAUCAUGCAUCGCAGCCUCCCUCAAUAGACCUAACCAUGAAUAUCUCGCAGGAGAAAGGACACUCCUCAAACGCCCACCCCCCUGAGCCCAACUCUACAGCAAAGCCCGAGGUCAAGGAUGGUUCAGACGCCCAAUUUGAGGGUCCAGUAAACAACGCACCAGCACGCUCCGCCUUGAAGUCUUAUCCCUCCUUUGAGAGACCAGCCUGGCUGUCGAGCCAUCACACGGACGAAUAUGAAUACCAGGACUCGUAUGAAUGCACGGAUGAGGAGAACUCGGUUUCUAGCAUCUAUCCCAGCUCCUCCGCAUCCAGACCGGCAAAUAAUCAGUCAAAGUCAAAGUCAAGGCGUGCUGUGACUAGAUUGAAUAUCUGCAGGCUGUGCAAACUGGAGCCACACCCCGCUUUGAUCAAGUCUACCCCUCGCGAAGCUCUCUCCUGUGGUCACUUUGUGUGUGAUUCAUGCCUUGUUCAAAAUAUUUACGCUGUAUUCGUUUGCCCAGACCUGGAUGCUCUUUUUUGCUGCGAAAGCCUUAUUAUUGAUGAGGAUCUGCUACGACGCCUCAUCGCUAAUUGGGAUAUUGGUUCUCGCUGGCAAGGUUACUGGAAUCUUGCCAGAUCUCCAGGCUGGAGGUGCCCAGAAGGACAUCUGAUUUCUCAAAAGCCAGUUAUAAAACAUGAAUCUGGGCUCCUCUUCUGGCGAGAGUUGAUGAGAUGCGACCAAUGCUCCCCUCUAGCACCAGACGCGACCUACUGCGUGUUUUGCUCACGGGUGGGGGGCAUUGAAUAUGACCAGUGUGCCCAUGAUUCAGUUAUCUGGCCGUUCAUACUACGUCUGCAAGCCAGCGGCACCUUCUCUAUCCCCUGGAUACGCGAAGCCAUCGAUCGCGCUUGGAAUGCCAGAACUACCGCUUGGCGGAGGAGAAAUUCACAGAUAGUGGGAAGGGCGACGAGCACCGCCAACCAGAGGCCAAGAAGACCAAAACCGAACAGGGGGUUCAACAAGAAUCUUCCAUCAUGGGAGUUCCUGGACUCGGGGCCAGUCGGUUCUGCACAUUCGCUGGGCUAUGUUAGAGCGGGAGCUGCUCUUCCGUAUUCGCAAGUGCAGGAGGUCUGGAACAAUCAGGCCCAAGAUAUACAGUACUCGCCGAUGCCUGAGCACUCUGAAGGUAACAUCGAGGCCCCUGGGGCAUAUCAAAGGGCUCCAGGAGACAAUCCUCUGGAUGAGGCUGCCCUCGGUUCUUGCCACUUCUGCGGCAGUCUGGACCUUGAUUAUUCACGUAUAACCGUCGAAAGUCGGAUCUGCCACAUUAAGACCUGCCGUACAUGUGGCCAAUCCAGGCAUCGCUGGUUUUAUGGCCCCUCCCAUGUUGCAGUGUCAAUGCCAGGCCCUUCAUCGAGAGACAGAAUCACGCCAGCAAGGCCAAGGAAUCCAUCCGAGGACAAAGCAUUUUACGAGUAUCCGAGACCCAGGCACCGUGACCCCUAUUAUGACUGA